AUUUUAGUGCUUCUCUUUCGCCUUUCUAUUUCCUGCGAUACACGAUACAAUGGACGUGCCAGACGCACUAUACUAUCUGGACGAUCGGUUUCCUCCCCGUUCUUUACGACGGUAUCAACUUAAAACCAUUCUGCAGCAACACGACAUUGCUGUUCCCACCUCCAUGAAACGAGCAGAGUUGGUGGCUUUGUUUCAAGCGCAUAUAUUGUCUAGGCGUGAAGAAAUAAUCAAGGAGUACAAUGAAAAACAUGCGAGUGCGAAUGACCUAGAAAUUCCUGCAAAAAGAACAACAGUACAAACAGAAAGAAAAGACAAGAACUUUAUACCUACGCCUACUAGCUCUGAUAAAAAGAUAAAGUCUUCGACAUUUACUACCAAAGACGCGUUUCCAGAAACUAUGACUACCACCAAGACGGCAGCAACAAAAAAGAAAUCGCUUCCGCAAUCCGUUGUUAUGGCCAACGUCACUGUCGACUAUAAUGAUGACGAAGACGAUGAGGAAUACAUAGCAAGUAGCAGUGACCUAGAAUACAGUGACGAGGAGUAUGUCGACGAUGAGCCAGUGGAUGAGGACGAAGUCUCUUGGUUGAAGAAAGAUACUGCCAAGGCCAACAUGACCAAGAAGGAACGAGCGCUGGAUGCCGUUCAGGAAUAUUGGAGCACUGCACAGACACUUUUACGAGGAUUCUACAUUUUGGCGGUCUUGUUCAUUGUGGGUAGUGCUGCUAUGAUCGUCAUUGCUCGCAACAAGAAUGGUUACUGCAGCCCCAGUAAUGAAGAAGGAGGGGAAGCACCAGUACUGUCGUCGUCGUCACCUGUAUCAAUGUCAUCUUCACCCGUAGAAAAGUUUCUAUCACUUUCUUCGUCAUGUAUUCCAUGUCCGGACCACGGUGUCUGCACCGACGGUGAAUUACAUUGUGCUGGUCUUUACAAGCGUCGGCAUGCAUUGUACAAUGCAUUCGGUAUUUUACCUGUCGCGGAUGAAUGUAUUCAAGACUCUGCCAUUGGUCGAGCGGUCGCUCGGGCCGAAAAACGAAUCAAAUCUGCUCUUGCUCGUCGUCAGGGUCAACAUGUGUGUGAUUAUGUGUCACGAUUCGGCACCGACGAAGGCUUGUCCAUGGUUCACACUAAGGCUAGCGAUAUCAGACAAGUUGUUGAAGACAGAUAUAUGUCAGAGUCAAAGUGGUCUCGUGAUAAGCUGAAGCAAGUACUGGACAGUGCAUUUACGUCUUUGGCAGCUGAUCCAAAAGUCCACCAUUGGGAAAUUGACGGUGAGCCCUAUUUUGGCACUGAACAAGCAAAAUUGUCAAUGGUAUGCUCGGUCCGUAUGUUUUUUGCUGAAGCAUCUCCCAGGGUCAAGCGCAUCGCUGUAGGCGUUUUGGCAGGUAUUCCCAUUCUAUCAUUUGGCUGGUAUAACCACAUGUGGCACACGCGUGUUCAGCGACACACAAAGGCAAAAGUUUUUGAAGCGAUCAGUCUUCUCAAGGAACAACUGGAAAAACACUUGACGGAUCCCGAUGGUAUUGAACGAGGCUUGCCGGUAUCUCAACUGCGUGUGAAAUUGACAGAUGUAAACAAACCAGGAUCAGUGGACGAAUGGGUCCGAAUAUCUCAGAAUGUACAAUCCCAUCCACAAGUACGACGAGCAUUUCGUGAAGUAGCAGGUGAACCCUGCGAAUACUGGGAGCUUUCACAUUAAUAAAAUCUUGAAAGUUAAAAAUAAAUGAUAUACCUAUCAGCUUCGUUUUCUCCCUUUUUCUGUUCUUCUUUUACAUGCACGUUUACAUAUACACAACAGCAACAUAUCUACUUAUAUUAUUAGUAAAUGCCUUACAUCUACAUAACGUUUCUUUUUUAAUAUAAGCCAAACAACAUGUAAAACUACACCUAAGAUAUUGGCAUAACUGACCCUUCUCUAAAUGAGAAAUGAUAAUAUCAAUAAUAAUACUAAUAAUGAUAAUGUACAUCGUAUUUUUUUCAAAAUGAUGCAUACUAUGCAUUUUUGCCUCUAAGCUUCCAAGACGUUCAUCCUUCCUUGGAAUACAAC